UUUUCCCAGCUUAACAUAGGUUAAUAAUCACAAAGACAUCUGGUUUGUGGCAAGCUCCCAUUUCAGGUGGUUGUUGUCCUCUGCUUUGUAUCUUGAAUUCUUUUGAGUUGAUUCGUCUCAUCGCCUGUUUAUUAUUUAACACACGUAACUUGAGCUAUGCCAUUGAGAUCAGUUUCACUGGCUUGCUGAGCAGUAGAGAGACAGAGAGAGAGAGAGAGGGAGAUGGAUAGAGGGGAACUUCAAGCUCUGCUGGGAUAAUAGAGCAUUCUGAUUUAAAAGCAGCCCGCUGGAAAUGGUAGGGCAAUAGGGAUAUUGCCAUUUGGAUCCUGCCCUGUGUUUCCCUGCUAUCUGCCCAGUGAAGGUCCUGUGAUUGGGAAACGUGAGCAGGGAACGCAGCACUGUUGAAAGGCUCACACUGAGUGGAUGUGGGAACAGCCCCUCUUCUGGAACGCUGCCGGCACACUGGGCCGCGAAACCACAAUGAAGUGUCUUUGUGCAGAGUGAGACAGAUCACAGCAACAACACUAGCAGCGGCGGCGGCAGCAGCAGCAGCGGGGUUGGCCGGGUGCGGACGGGGAGGUGAGAUAAUCCUGCAACCGCCCCAUACUUUCACCAGGACAUAGGAUCAAAGAGAAGCUGAGCUCGGGAGAAUCAUACCACUCUGCGGUUUGGCUGCCUCAAAAGUUGAGGGAAAUCUCAGUGCACCGCUACACAAUCGGUGGUCCCGGCGAUCUCGUUGCAAGAUGCACAAUGUGGCGAGUUGCACAGUAUCCCUGGGGUCUCUGGGACUGAUGCAGAUCCUGGGCGUUUCCUGGACCUGGAGCAUCGCUGCCAGCUUGGGCAUCUAUCUUGGGACUGGAGGAUGGAGGUUUGUCCGAAUCGUGUUGAAAACAGCCCCAAGAGACAUCUUCGGGCUGCUACUGCUGAUGCGGGUCAAGCUAGCGGUGAAGAGGCACCAGAAGGAGGACAGCACCAUCCCAAAGAUCUUCCAGGAGACGGUGAGGAGGUACCCGGAUAAGACGGCCCUGGUCUACGAGGGGACAGGCGAGCGGUGGACCUUCAGACAACUGGACGAGUACUCCAACGCGGUGGGCAACUUCCUGCUGGAGCAGGGCUCCCGGCCGGGGGAUGUGGUGGCCUUGUUCAUGGAGAGCCGGCCGCAGUUUGUCGGCCUGUGGCUCGGCAUGGCCAAGGUCGGGGUGGAGGGCGCCCUGCUCAACUUCAACCUCCGUCUAGAGGCCCUCACUCACUGCAUGUCUGUGUCCGGAGCCAAAGCUAUCAUCUUUGGAGCGGAGAUGAUUGAUGCUCUGUUGGAAGUGAACGGCCUCCUGGGGAAAAGCAUUCGGAAGUUCUGCAGUGGGGACUGGGACUCCAGUAAAGAUGCAGCUGGAAUCGAACAUCUGGAUCCUCAGCUCAACGCUGCGUCCAAGUUCGCCCCCUCUCAUCCUCCUUCGGUGGGAUUCAUGGAUCGCCUGUUUUAUAUCUACACCUCUGGCACCACUGGAAUGCCCAAAGCUGCCAUCGUUGUGCACAGCAGGUAUUAUCGGAUGGCUGCAUUUGCAUACUACGGCUUCCAGAUGAGGCCUGACGAUGUUAUUUACGACUGCUUGCCGCUGUAUCAUUCAGCAGGUAACAUAGUGGGCGUGGGACAGUGUCUGCUACACGGGGUGACCGUCGUCAUCAGGAAGAAGUUCUCAGCCUCUCGCUUCUGGGACGACUGCGUGAAGUACAACUGCACGAUCGUGCAGUACAUCGGGGAGAUCUGCCGCUACCUGCUGAACCAGCCCAGCCGCCCAGCCGAGAGCAGGCACCGGGUGCGCAUGGCGCUGGGCAACGGGCUGAAGCCCGCCGUCUGGGAGUCCUUUGCCCGCCGCUUCCGCAUCGCCCGCGUGGCCGAGUUCUACGGCGCCACCGAGUGCAACUGCUCCAUCGCCAACCUGGACGGCAAGGUGGGGGCCUGCGGCUUCAACAGCCGCAUCCUGCCGCGCGUCUACCCCAUCCACCUGGUGAAGGUGAACGAGGACACCUUGGAGCUGAUCCGCGGGAGAGGGGGGCUCUGUGUGCCCUGCAAUCCAGGGGAGCCAGGCCAGCUUGUCGGGCGGAUAAACCAACAGGACCCUCUCCGCCGCUUCGACGGAUACGCCAACGAGUCGGCCACUUGCGAGAAGAUCGCCUACAACGUGUUUAAGAAAGGCGACUGCGCCUACCUGUCAGGUGAUGUCCUGGUGAUGGAUGAGCUGGGCUACAUGUACUUCAGGGACAGAACCGGGGACACGUUCAGAUGGCGGGGAGAGAACGUCUCCACUACAGAGGUGGAGGGGACCCUGAGCCACGUCCUCAACCUCACCGACGUGGCUGUCUACGGGGUGCAAGUGCCAGGUGUGGAGGGGAAGGCUGGCAUGGCGGCCAUUGCUGACCCCCACGACAAGGUAAACCCCGGACACCUGUACCACGAGCUGACGGCGGUGUUGCCUCCCUACGCCAGGCCUGUCUUCCUACGUAUCCUGCCUGCCGUCGACACCACAAGUACUUUCAAAUUCCAGAAGACCAGGCUACGUAAGCAGGGCUUCGACCCACAUCAAACACAAGACAAGCUCUUCUUCCUCGACUCUAAACUGUCCAAGUACAUCCCGUUAGACAGGAAGGUUCACGAGAUGAUUCUGGCCGGGAACUACCAUCUUUAGAUUAGGAAGACAAAUCCGGCAAAAAUUAACAAAUUAAAUACAGGUCGCAGGGAACGAAAGGUGAGGGAAUACAAACUAAACAGAGGAGGAGGAAGAAAAUCUCUGGACUGAACCACUAUCUGGCCUCUGAGGUGUGUCUGAGUAGCUGUGGAACGAGGCAGGACCAUGCCUCCAACGCACAGUGGGGGCUAGUAUUGGCAGAGACGGAUCGAAUGUCAGAUACUGGAGGCAACGUGCCACUGUGGGAAUCCACGGGUCCGACUGGGAAACGGGAUCCCGACCGAUGAGGAAUUGGUGCUGGAGCUGCGGUCUCCACUCUGGGACUGUGUGCACAGGAGGGAAACCGUCGCUGAACCUACCUGCGGCCAUGUCACACGCACACCUCCCUGCUCCCCCCCCCCCCCCCCCCCCCACUGUACGUCCCCGUUACACCUCCUCUUGUGUUUCCCCUGUUUAUCUCCACCAUCAGUGUACAGUGAUGCUGCAGCCAGUUCCCUGUCUCUCCACGUGUGUGUGUGUGUGUGUGUGUGUGUGUAGGUUAGUGUGUGUGUAGGUUAGUGAGUGAAUGUGUGUCAGAGCAUAUGUGAGUGAGAGUGAGUG